GAGUAACCUGCUCCGGCCUGCGUCAACAACCGUUUGUUUGACGCGUUGCAUCUGCACGUUACCGGGAGCAAGACCCUCACGGAGGUCCGGUUAAGGUCUUCACCUGUCGGUGUGUUUGCUGAGUCACUCGUUCGCCUGCCGUCCUCCUGUGUGGGUCAGAGAGCCUCCAGCCUCCAGCGUCUCCAUCCACAGCUGCACUAUGAGUGUAUGAUGUCCGAGAGCAGCUGCUAUGGCCUGCCGCAGCGGUCAGACCAAUGCAGAGAAUCUGGAGGGGUUCCAUGAGGUGAACUUGGCCUCGCCCACAACGCCCGACCUUCAGAAACAAGCGGAGCAGUCCCAGUCCCGCCACAGCGCCCCGCCCGCCUCCCUGUACCGCACCCACUCGCUGGGAGCGCACCCUGCUGGCCGACCCACGUCCCUGCGGGCCGACCAGCUGCCCACGCAGCCGGUUUACUCCACGCCGCGGCAGAGCCACAAUGGGAGCGUGCCCAGCCAGGAGGCGGAGCCCGCCGACGGCAACUUCCUGUCCGCGGAGGACGGCGAGGAGUUCAGCGCGCUGAGCGACGGCCUGUCGCUGAUGGAGGUCCGAGAGAGAGGAAACGAGAGGCUGAAGGAGGAGCUGGCCAAGGCCCAGAGGGAGCUGCUGUUGAAGGAUGAGGAGUGUGAGAGGUUGUCUAAAGUCAGAGACCAGCUGGGCCAGGAGCUGGAGGAGCUCACCGCCAGCCUCUUCCAGGAGGCUCACAAAAUGGUGCGAGAAGCAAACGUCAAACAGGCACACGAAAAAAAACAGCUGAAGGCUGGAAAGAUCGACGUCCUGCAGGCGGAGGUCCAGGCCCUGAAGACGUUGGUGCUGUCCUCCCCCACCUCCCCGCUGGGCGAGCUGCCCCCCAUGACCCCCUUCAGGAAGGGCCACAGCCGCAACAAGAGCACCUCCUCCGCCACCGCGGGCACGCAGCCCGACCCCUCGGCCACGCAGCCCAUCGUGCGGGAGUGCAGAGAGGUGGACGCUCAGCUGUUCGGCGACUUCAAGGCGUGGAGGGAGGAGCCCACGCUCGACCGCGGCUGCUGCUUCCUGGAGAGGGUUUACCGCGAGGACAUCUUCCCCUGCCUCGCCUUCAGCAGGUGUGAGCUCGGGUCGGCCAUCUUGGAAGCCGUGGAGCAGAACACGCUCAGCGUGGAGCCGGUCGGCUUCCAGCCGCUGCCUGUGGUCAAAGCCUCGGCCGUGGAGUGUGGAGGACCAAAGAAGUGUGCCCUGAGCGGUCAGACCAAAACCUGUAAGCACAGAAUCAAGUUUGGAGACUCGUCCAACUAUUACUACGUGUCCCCGUACUGCAGAUAUAAAAUCACAGCAGUGUGUAACUUCUUCACCUACAUUCGCUACAUCUAUCAAGGGCUGGUGAAACAGCAGGAUGCGGAGCAGAUGUUCUGGGAGGUGAUGCAGCUCCGGAGGGAAAUGUCCUUCGCCAAGCUCGGCUUCUACAAAGACCAGCUGUGACCGAAGGACAAGCCCCGCCCUCCAAUCACAGCAGGCCACGCCCUGAAAGUCCGCCCUCCCCCUGGUCCCGCCCCCCUUGUCUCAUUGGUUCGUUCCAGGAAGCCUCCCACCUCCUCCUCCUCCUCCUCCUGACGGUUGUGUGAGUGUUUUUGUGCGUCAGGAAGACAAACUGGAUGAAGACUGAAAGACUGACGUCGCUGGUCUCUGUCCAACUAUGAUAUUUACUUUAUGUACAUGUAACACUCCAAUAUAUGAAGACACGUGGCAUGAAAAGAGAAGUUAUACAUUUAAAUAUGUCUGCAAUGAACCCAUCGGAGGAGCUUUGAGCUUUAUAUUUAAUGUUGUUCUUUUUUUAAAACCUUUAAUCGUUAAAUCAGUUUCAUAAUCGUCGUAGUGAGAAUAAAAUCAUAAAACAAGGACAACAAAUAUUCAAAUAUAAGUCAAAUAUUCUGGGAAAUAAAGUUGUAAUCUAACAGUAAAGUUGUGAUUAAAAAUAGACGUUUGUGAAAGUUAAUACAUUUGAUCCUAUUAGAAAUAGGAAUAUAAAUGAAUAAUUUAUAAAAUAAAAGAAGUUUCUUGAAUAUUUACACAUUUUCAUAACUAAGAUGAAAUUAGGUGAUAAAUAUGCUUGCUUCUAAAAUUGCAACUUUAUUGCUAAAUAAUGACUCAAAAUACUGACCUUGAAAUUCUGAAUUUAUUUCCGACACGGCUAUAAACUCUUCUCCGUAAACCUCGGACGUUGUUACGUCCGCCUUGCUGCGUUCACAGCGUUGAUGAAACACGGUUCUCUGUAUUCAGGUUUUAAAGCUGAAUCCUAAACACACGACGGUUAAAAACGACCAAACAAUCAAAUGUGAAACCAUGAAUAAGCUUUUUAUUUAAUUUAUGUUGUAGCAAAUGAAGACAGCAGUCUGGGAGAUCUCAAGAAGUUUGAUGCAAAGAUAAUCAGAAGAGGACGAACAUCCCCGUCAACGCAUUCAGACCGGAUCCAUGUCCCAGGGAGGCGGAGCCUAAACUUUACAACCGUUACACUUCAUCGAUACAGGACUCUGGAGAUCUCGAUCCUGAAUAUCUCAAUCAUAGAGAUCUUGAUCCUAGUGAUUUUGAUCCUAAAUAUCUUAAUCCUUAAAAAUCGUGAUCCUUGAGAUCUCGAUCCCGAAUAUCUCAAUCCUGAAUAUCUCUCGAUCCUGUAGAUCUCUUGAUCCUGGAGAUCUCAAUCCUAGAUAUCUUGAUCCUAAAUAUCUUGAUCCUGAAUAUCUCAAUCCUGAAUAUCUCAAUCCUUAAAAAUCUCGAUCCUGAAUAUCUUGAUCCUGAAUAUCUCUUUCUUAAAUAUCUCUAUCCUGGAGAUCUCCAUCCUGAAUAUCUCUCGAUCCUGAAUAUCUCGAUCCUGAAUAUCUUGAUCCUGAUUAUCUCUAUCCUGAAUAUCUCUAUCCUGGAGAUCUCCAUCCUGAAUAUCUCUCGAUCCUGAUUAUCUCGAUCCUGAAUAUCUCGAUCCCGGAGAUCUCGAUCCUGAGUGAAACCACAACCCGCACAGUGAAUAUUUCCCGCCUCCCUCUGAAGUGAAUCUCGUCUGAAUGGAGCUUAAAAACAAAAACAUUUAUUUUCGACAUCUCUCGUCUCCGUUGACGUGAAACUGUAUUUUUGAUUCCUUUCAGAGUUUAUGACGGUUAUUUUGUUCCACGAAGCUUCCGGAAGACUUAAAGAAAAAAUAAACACUUUGUGAAUAUUCUCUUUUAGAUACUUUUGAGUAAAUAUAUUUGCUGGGGGGGGGGGGGUAUGUUCCUUUAAAUGACUCCUGCUGUUUUAACCAAUCAGGAGGUGUGUAGAUAGUGCACUGUGUGUGGGGGAUGUUGAGUGUGUUGUAUGCCUGUGUUGUCUUAUAUGUUAAUUUAUCUGCAUCUCUCUCUCUUAUUCAAAGUCAAUGUCACUCUCCCGGUUUGGUUUAGUGCCUUUUCUCUCAGACACUCUGAAAUAAAAACAGUAAUACCUCUGGAACAGUU